CGCCGCCAUCAUCAUCGCCAUCAUCAUCGCCAUCAUCGCCUUCUUGGAAAACCCAGGAAGGAAAGACAGUGAAGGAGAGAAUCUGAAAGCGAAGCCGCAACUUAUUAUAAUCUUGGGGUGGCGGUAGGAGGAGGGGGCGGAAAAGCGUCUUCUGCUUCAAGCUCUGCCGCCCCAUAUUCAACGGCUUCAGACGCUCUGACACAACCCCCCCCAUUCUCUCUCUCUCUCUGUCGAUCUCAGUGGGUGGGUUGAGGAGAAUAUUGGCAACUCCGCAUAGCCAGCCGCUGUGGCUGACUUUUCAUUUCUGACUUAAAAAUCGCUCCUUUUUCCCGUCCUCUGUUCCCUCUGUGCCCGUCGUUUUCACUUUUCGAUCUCGGGUUCCCGCGAAAUCCGACUUCGCCGCGUGUGGGAAUCGCUUCCCCCGUCGAAACUCCAAGUGGGUAUUCGGAAAUUCAGCCAUCGUUGCUCUGUUUUCGAUCGGAUUCCAUCAUUCGUCGUCCUCGUCUGGUCGGGUCUGGUCGGGUCUGGUCUAGCUGUGGCCCGUGACUCCUCCAAUUCCUUAUUAUUUUUAACUGGUCCUCCUUUUGGAAACGCCCCAUUUGAAUGAGUUAGCUCAUCAUCACUCAUAUAUAUACACACGCACACACACAGAGAGACAGGAGAGAGAGAGGGACGGGGAGGAUGGGGUUCAGCUGGAAGGAGUUUUGUACGAAGAAGACAUUGGUGGGGCUUGUUCUUGGCCAGUUUCUCUCUCUUCUCAUUACUUCCACGGGCUUCUCUUCCUCCGAGCUCUCCAAGAAAGGAAUCAAUGCGCCCACUUCGCAGUCUGCUCUAAACUAUGUGUUGCUGGCAAUUGUCUAUGGAAGUCUGAUGCUUUAUCGCGGGCAACCUCUCAAGGCGAAGUGGUACUACUAUGUUAUUCUUGGAGUGGUGGAUGUGGAGGCCAAUUUUCUUGUGGUGAAGGCCUAUCAGUACACAUCCAUAACAAGUGUCAUGCUUCUGGAUUGUUGGUCAAUCCCAUCGGUCAUGCUUCUUACUUGGCUUUUCUUGAGCACAAAGUACAGAUUCAAGAAAAUAGCUGGUGUUCUUGUUUGCGUUGCUGGCCUUGUUAUGGUUGUCUUUUCAGAUGUUCAUGCUGGCGAUAGAUCAGCUGGAAGCAACCCUCGGAAAGGUGAUGCACUAAUUAUUGCUGGGGCAACACUCUAUGCUGUCAGUAAUGUCAGUGAGGAAUAUCUUGUGAAGAAUGCUGACAGAGUGGAACUAAUGUCAAUGCUUGGACUUUUUGGUGCCAUUAUUAGUGCUAUACAAGUAAGCAUUUUUGAGCGCAAUGCACUCAAAUCUAUUCAUUGGACAGCUGGAGUAACACUACCUUUCGUGGGAUUUUCACUGGCGAUGUUCCUUUUUUACUCAUUUGUCCCAAUUUUGCUGAAGAGAAAUGGGUCUACAAUGCUCAACCUAUCUCUAUUGACCUCAGACAUGUGGGCUGUCUUAAUCCGCAUCUUUGCUUACCAUGAGAAGGUCGACUGGAUGUAUUUUGUGGCCUUUGCUGCUGUUGCAGUUGGUCUGGUUAUUUAUUCAGGAGGAGACAGAGAAGAUGAUCAAAAGCGGGCCGAUGUUGCUGAUGAGAAUGUUGAGAGGAGCAAGAGAUUUGAUGAGGAGGCUUGCUCGGUCAAAACAGAGGUCACAAGAAACAACGAAGUUACUAGUGGCAGCAGCUCAGCUUGGAAGAAUCAGGGCAACACCGAAAUCGCCUCAUAGCUGGUAAAGAUCUGAAGGGAGGGCGUGAUUGGUCUUUUCUCUGUCAAAGUAUACCCCAGGAGCUCGGCCUCAAGAACGACUCUCGAUUCAUGUCCAUGGCAAGCGCUAUUCAAUUGUAAAUGUGGGAGAAAUGCUGUUUAUUUCGUUUGCCUCUUCAGUAUUCGCAGAAGCUACCUCUGGAUAAGUCGUCAUUUGAUAUGGUCAACUUAGGAUUUUGUUCCGGAUGCGAUUUCAGGGUGUUGAUGCCAUGAUUGGCGAGCAACCAUUGAAAGGCAGAGAUAAGAAUAUGCAUUAGUGCUGACAA